AAACGCGCGGUGAACACUUCGAGCAGCAGGCAGGAUAUCCGGUAGAGCAGUGCGCGGUGGGACCCUAGACCCUUUUGCAAGAUGGGACAGCACGUCUCACGGACGGAUUUCGAGUGGGUGUACGAUGACCAGCCGCAUACGCGCCGUCGGCAGGAGAUGGUGAAAAAGUAUCCGCACAUCAAGAAGCUGUUCGGGCCCGAUCCACGGUUUAAGUACAUCGUUUCGGCCAUGGUGCUGACCCAGAUUGUGAUGCUGUACGUGAUGCAAAACCAAUCGUGGCCAAUGAUCGUGCUGGUGGCAUACUGUUUCGGCGGUGUGAUCAAUCAUUCGCUGAUGCUGGCGAACCACGAAAUAUCGCACAACAUGGCGUUCGGGUACGGGAAACCGAAGGCCAACCGGUACUUUGGCAUGUGGUGCAAUCUGCCGAUCGGGGUGCCCAUGUCGGUGUCGUUCAAAAAGUACCACAACCUGCACCACCGCCACCUGUCCGACGAUGACCUCGAUCCGGACGUACCGACGCUGCUGGAGGCGCAGCUGUUCUGCACCACGUUCGGCAAGUUCAUCUGGGUGUGUCUGCAGCCCUUUUUCUACGCCCUGCGGCCACUGUUUGUGAACCCACUGCCUCCAACGCGGCUGGAAAUCAUCAACACCAUCGUGCAGCUCACGUUCAAUUCGUUGGUGGUGCUGGUUUUCGGUUGGCGCAUGCUUGCCUACCUACUGAUCGGCUCCGUCCUGGCCAUGGGCUUCCACCCGGUGGCCGGUCACUUUAUCGCCGAACACUACAUGUUUGCGAAGGGCUUCGAAACGUACUCCUACUACGGACCGCUCAACUGGAUCACGUUCAAUGUCGGGUACCACAACGAGCACCACGAUUUCCCGGCCAUCCCCGGCAGCCGGUUGCCGGAGUUGAAGAAAAUUGCCCCGGAGUACUACGAAACGAUGCCGCAACACACGUCCUGGGUGCGGGUGCUGUACGACUUUAUCACCGACCCGGCCGUGGGACCCUAUGCCCGCAUCAAGCGCAAAAGUCUGGACCGAAAACCGAAGGCGAUGGAAACGAAAUCGGUCGAUCUGAUAAGUGAUUCAUUGAAAGCGGCCGAAGGGGGUGAGCAGCGAAAAAGAUAGAGCUCGGCACAGCACCGGGGCCUUAUCGUUGCGCGCUUGUCGCGGUGCGUAAUUGAUAGGAGGGAGACGAUUUUCUGAUAACCGUUGGCUACGUGAUAAAAAAACAGGUCCCAUAAGACCCCCUUCGUUAGGUAAUAACGGUCACACGCGUAGGGGGCCGUUGGAAUACGUGAUCAAGACACUUCGAAGCUCGGAACGUGAUCGAUAGGACUGUGCGUUUUGCUGGAAACGAGUGCGAGUAAAUAAAACAGCCUGC